AUGAAUACCAAUUUACCUAUAUUACCUGAUAUAAAAAAUUUUCAAUUCUUAACAUCAUUGAUAAUUCGGUCCGAUAAUGGUGCUAUUGGUCAGCAUUUACCACCUGAAUUAGGAGAAUUAAAAUAUUUAUCAACUUUAGAAUUAUCCGGCAUUAAAAAUCUCGAAGAUUUACCUAAUGAUAUUGAAUAUUUAGUUGGUAUCUCAUCAUUAACAUUACAGAAUAUACCAAAUUUGAGUCGAAUACCCGAUGAAAGUUUUGGUAAAUUAACUCAGCUUAUCAGUUUAAAUUUUUCUGAUUUACCAAAUAUAUCAACUAUACCAACAACUAUAAAUAAUUUUCAACAAUUAAAUAAAUUUGAAAUAACUAAAACAAAUAUUACAAUAUUGAAUUUAAAAGGAUUGCGUAGUCUAUAUUUUUUAAAAAUAACAUUUAAUUCAUUAUUAGAGACAAUAGAAAUCACAAAUAUGAAUUCAUUGAGUUCCAUAGAUGUUCGUAAUAAUGAUGAAUUGUUAACAUUCAAUAUUCAAAAUUCAUAUUAUUUGCAAACCCUAAACAUACAAUCAAAUAAAAAAUUAACUUCUGUGAAUAUCGUUAAUGUAUCAUGUUAUAGCGAUGCUAUACGAACAAUAGUCGAUAAUUCACAAUUAAAUACCAUUGAAUUAAAGAAUGUGUCUGGUUUAAAUAUUUUUGAAAUAAAUUCAUUAGUCAAUUUGAAAUCAAUUGUAUUUGACAAUUUACAAAAUUUAUUUAAUGUUACUAUUAGGUUUAGUCCUGAAUUGCAAACGAUUUCAUUUAUUAAUACAUCAUCAAUGAAAUAUCUUGAUUUGUCAGGAUGCAACUUAGCAACAUUUCCAGAAAGUAUUUUAAAAUUAGAAUCUUUAAUCAAUUUGGUUUUGACAUCAAAUCAAUUAUCAACAUUGCCAUCAACAUUAAUAACUGAUUUACCUAAUUUAAAAGUUCUUAAUUUAGCAAAUAAUAACUUUCAAGGGAAUAUUUUUCAACCAGCGCUUUCUAAUAUUCGUGAACUUUAUCUAAGUAAAAAUUCAUUGACAUCUGUUUAUGGUAUUCAAGAAUAUAAAUCUUUACAACGAUUAGAAUUAGAUUACAAUAAUAUUUUAUUAAUUCCAUCUGAAAUAAUAAAUUUAUCAACAAAAUUACAAAACUUAACGAUAAAUUAUAAUAAAUUAAGUUAUAUUCCAUAUGAAAUGACAAACAUGAGAUCAUUAAGUUCGUUUUCAGCUACGAAUAAUCCCAUUACAAAUGAUGAACGAAGGAAUCUAUAUAGACUAUUUUCACAAUCACCUAUACAUUUUGAAAUUUGA